AUGAUGGAGGCUUCAAGCGGUACAGACGAGAGGCACGAGCCGCCACCGGCAGAUGGACCCAACGAAAGGGAAAGCAGCAUCUCGACUGCGCAUUCGACCAUUGACGAUGACCGAUCCAGCAGACUGACAUCAAACGCGCUCGACGAGCUGAACGCGUCGCUCAUUGACAGCAGCACAUCCGUGUCGCUAAGCAUCGACACGGACAUUAGCGACGCCGACUCGGCCAUGGGCAUCGAUGUCGGCCGCGCCUCCUCGUCCGCCUCGGUGGCAUCGAGCGUGUACCGCUUCGUCGAGGAGUUUGGCAGGACAUAUCACGCAUAUAAAGAAGGAAAAUACUUCCUCCCCAAUGACGAGCAAGAGCAAAGCCGCCUAGACCUCCAACACGCCAUCGCCCUCCGCAUCUUCAACGACAAGCUCGCCCUCGCCCCCGUCACCAACCCGCAUCGCGUCCUCGACAUCGGCACAGGCACCGGCAUCUGGGCCAUCGAGUUCUCCGACAGGAACCCCGCAUCGGAGGUCCUCGGCACGGACCUGAGUCCCAUUCAGCCGGAAUACGUGCCCGCCAACUGUCACUUUGAAAUCGACGACGCCGAGGACGAGUGGGCUUUCAGUCAUAAAUUCGACUACAUCCACGGCCGGUACAUGUGCACCUCCAUCUUUGACCUUCCCAAACUUUUUCGCCAGAUCCACGAGAACCUCAACCCGGGCGGCUGGGUCGAGUUCCAGGAGACCGUCAUCGACUUCAAGGCCGUGGACGGGUCGCUCGAGGGCACGGCGCUGCGGCGGUGGAACGAUCACCUGCUCGAGGGGAUCCGCAAGGCCGGGCGGGACGCGCUCUCGGCGUUAGAGUACGCGCGGUACAUGACGGACGCGGGGUUCCAGAACGUCGAGCAGAAGAGGUUUGCGGUGCCGGCGUCGCCGUGGGCCAAGGGGAGGAACCAGAAGAUUUUGGGCGCCAUGCAGAUGACGAAUAACCUCGAGGGCGUGCAGGGUAUCACGAUGAAGAUCUUUUGUCAGGUGCUGGGCUGGACUCGAGAGGAUGCCGAGAUGUUGCUCAUGGAUGUGAGGAAGGAUAUGGCGGACAAGAAUAUCCACGCGUAUAUCACGAGUAUGUCGGUUUGGGGACAGAAACCCUCCCAGGGGCCGGAAGCGGCGGCCUCCUGA